AUAGUCUACCAUAUUUUCUCUAGGGUUUCUGUUGCACUUAGAGAUUUUCUCUCGUUUUGUCGUAAGAAUCUAAGAAGAAGGAUGGACAAAGAUAAGGAAGAAUUUCUGAAGGAGUUUGGUGAAGAUUAUGGAUAUCCGAAUGCUCAGAAGAAUAUUGACGAAAUCAGAUCUUCAGAGUUCAAGAGAUUAGAUGGUGUUGUGUACUUGGAUCAUGCUGGAGCAACUUUAUAUUCUGAGUUACAGAUGGAAGCUAUUUUCAAAGACCUCACCUCUAAAACUUUUGGGAAUCCUCAUAGCCAAAGUGAUUCUAGCUUGGCCAGUACUGAAGUCGUAAGAGCGGCUCGCCAACAGGUCCUUGACUACUUCAAUGCAUCCCCUGGGGACUACAAAUGCAUUUUCACCUCUGGAACAACAGCCGCACUAAAGCUGGUUGGGGAGGCUUUCCCUUGGAGUAGAGAAAGCAGUUUCAUGUACACAAUCGAGAACCACAACAGUGUCCUUGGAAUCAAAGAAUAUGCGCUUGAUCAAGGAGCUGUAGCUUUUGCAGUAGAUGUUGAAGAAGAUCAGCAUAAGAAUGGAGUAUUGAGGAAAGAUGGAUCCACUAUUAAGGUAGCACAGUACCCUGUGCAAAGAAGAAAUGCAGGCAGAUUACAGGAUGAAUCACCUGGAGGAAACUCCUCUGGUGAUGUUUACAACUUAUUUGCCUUUCCUUCGGAGUGUAAUUUCUCUGGUGUGAAGUUCAGUCUUGACCUGGCAAAGAUUGUGAAGAACGAUGUUAAGCGAGUUCUGGGAAGCUCACCACAUAGCAACAGGGGGCACUGGAUGGUCUUGGUUGAUGCUGCAAAAGGAUGUGCCACAGCACCACCAGAUCUGUCUAGGUUUCCGGUGGAUUUUCUUGCUGUUUCAUUCUAUAAGAUUUUUGGCUAUCCAUCUGGGCUUGGUGCUCUCAUUGUUCGAUCUGAAGCUGCGGAGUUGCUAAAGAAGAAGUACUUCGGUGGAGGCACUGUAGCUGCCUGCAUUGCUGACAUUGACUUUGUUAGGAGGAGGAAAGGUAUUGAGGAAUCAUUUGAGGAUGGCACACAAUCGUUCCUGAGCAUAGCUGCUAUCCAUUAUGGGUUCAGAAUAAUAAAUUCUUUGACCGUAUCUGCUAUAGCCCGGCAUACAGCUUCUCUUUCCACUUAUCUGAGGAAAACGCUUUUGUCCUUGAGGCACGCUAAUGGAGCUAGUGUUUGCACACUCUAUGGAAGAGAUGGCCCAAAGAUCUCAUCGUGUGAAAUGGGUCCAACAGUAACAUUUAAUUUGAAACGCUCAGACGGCUCUUGGGUUGGAUACCGUGAGGUGGAAAAAUUAGCUUCGUUAAAUGGAAUUCAUCUACGGACAGGAUGCUUUUGCAACCCAGGUGCAUGUGCAAAAUAUGUUGGAUUAUCUCAUAUGGAUAUUCUGGCCAACAUGGAGGCUGGGCAUGUUUGCUGGGAUGAUAAUGAUAUCUUUCAUGGAAAACCAACUGGAGCUGUUAGGAUAUCCUUUGGUUAUAUGUCAACAUAUGAAGAUGUGAAGAAAUUUAUCAGCUUCACUGUAAACUCCUUUGUAUCAUUGCCAAAUCAAACUGGGAUUGGAUAUAUUUUGCGAGGAAAUUCAGUUGACUUGUCAAGCAAAGAGAGAUGCCCCUCAACUUCGAGUGUUCAUCUAAAGUCCAUCACCAUCUACCCAAUAAAGUCCUGUGGAGGAUUCAGUGUGAAUGAAUGGCCUCUAAGCAGUUCAGGCCUGCAACAUGAUAGAGAGUGGCUUCUCAAAAGCCCCGAUGGUGAAAUUCUUACUCAGAAGAAGGCUCCUGAAAUGUGUCUUAUUAGUACCUUUAUCGAUCUCUCCCAGGGCAUAUUGGUUGUGGACUCACCACGUUGCAAUUUGAAACUACAGAUAAAUACCAAGUCAGAUCCCUCUCAUGGUGUGAAAGAAGUAGAAUUACAAGCCCAAAGAUAUGUUGUGCAGGGCUAUAGUAAUGAAGUUGAUCUGUGGUUUACCAUUGCAAUUUCUCGUCCUUGCAAUCUAUUAAGAUGUUACAGUUCUGAGUCCCACUCAUGCAUGAACAAUGGAGGCAGUGCAGCUAUGUGUAGAGAUGUUGGCAGCAAAUUGAGUUUUGUCAAUGAAGCUCAAUUCCUGCUCAUAUCUGAGGACAGUGUCUCUGACCUCAACACCAGGUUAUGCUCAAAUGUACGAAAUGUUAGACAACACCAGCAAAUUCAUAUUGAUCCGAUGAGAUUCCGUCCCAAUCUAGUCAUUUCUGGAGCAGAACCAUAUGCAGAAGAUAGCUGGAGUACUCUCGACAUUGGGAAUAAACACUUUACUUCAUUAGGUGGGUGCAAUCGUUGUCAGAUGAUUAAUCUUGAUCCUCAAACGGGAAAAGUGCACAAAGCGAAAGAACCAUUGGCAACUUUGGCAUCAUUCAGAAGAGUGAAGGGAAGGAUUUUCUUCGGAAUCCUGUUGAGACAUGAGAAUAUAGUGGGACUGACAGAAGAAGCAAAGCCGUGGAUCCAAGUGGGAGAAAGUGUACAUCCGUCAUGAAUUGUCGAUGAACGGGAACCAAUUUCUUACUGUUGAAACAGCCUUCUUUAAAAUCUGUAUGAUAGAUCAAAGGUUACAGGUUCACAUACAACUUCCAAAUACGUUAAUGCUUGUCCAGGGAGCUGGAUCUGCCAUUGUUGUGUAUGGAAUCUCAGUGCAACUCAACUCAAUCAGUUCAGUUCAAAUAAGCUUUAUUGCUGCUAAUUGUGGUUGGUGCACAAUUCCUGUUUUGCCAUUCAACUCUAAAUAAUGUCACUUGUUGACCCAAAACAAUCCAUAUCUUUUCAGACCGUUUCUCUUCAAUUGACUUUUGAGCCUAAUUGUUCUUUCAACUCUUCUGGCAUUGUUCUUGUAACUCUUUUAGCAUUGUAUAUAUUCUGAUUAAAAUGGAGAGUUCAAAGGGGAAACUGGGAAAGGAAAGAUCUUACGUUCUUUAUACUUGUACAGAAAUUCUGAGCUUUGUCAAAGGGAUCAACCCAGAUGAAGAUCUUAAUGUACUACAGUAUAAUGUAAACAGGUUAUUAUAUUAAAGAAACACUUUGCAUUCCCUUUUC